AGGUACUAAGUAUGAUAAAGUUUUCUCUUGAACCUUAUCUCUUACUCUGCAUUUGAAAGGUCAUACACAGAGAAGCCCUACAAAUGUAAGAAAUGUGGAAAUACCUUCAGCUAAAAGUAAAUUCUCAUUCAUCAAAAAAUUCAUACUGGAGAGAAAUCUUGUGAAUGUGGGAAAGCUUCCAUUCAGAUGUCACACCUCAGUCAGCAGAUAAUUUGUAGUGGGGAAAACCCCUUUGCCUGUAAGGUAUGUGGGAAAGUCUUCAGCCACAAAUCAACUCUCACUGAGCAUGAGCAUUUUCAUAAUAGAGAGAAACCUUUUGAAUGUAAUGAAUGUGAAAAAGCAUUCAGCCAAAAGCAGUAUGUUAUUAAACAUCAAAAUACCCAUACUGGAGAGAAGCUUUUUGAAUGUAAUGAAUGUGGAAAAUCCUUCAGCCAGAAGGAAAACCUUCUUACCCAUCAGAAAAUUCACACUGGAGAGAAACCUUUUGAGUGUAAGGAUUGUGGGAAAGCUUUCAUUCAGAAGUCGAACCUCAUCAGACACCAGAGAACUCACACAGGAGAGAAGCCCUUUGUAUGUAAGGAGUGUGGGAAAACUUUCAGUGGCAAAUCAAACCUUACUGAGCAUGAGAAAAUUCAUAUUGGAGAGAAACCCUUUAAGUGUAGUGAAUGUGGAACAGCUUUUGGUCAGAAGUACCUCAUAAAACAUCAAAAUAUUCACACUGGAGAGAAACCCUAUGAAUGUAAUGAAUGUGGAAAAGCCUUCUCUCAGCGAACGUCACUUAUUGUACAUGUGAGAAUUCAUUCAGGUGAUAAGCCUUAUGAAUGCAAUGUAUGUGGAAAAGCCUUCUCUCAAAGUUCAUCUCUUACUGUGCAUGUGAGAAGCCAUACAGGUGAGAAACCCUAUGGUUGUAAUGAGUGUGGGAAAGCUUUCUCUCAAUUCUCAACCCUUGCUCUACAUUUGAGAAUACACACAGGUAAGAAGCCUUAUCAAUGUAGUGAAUGUGGGAAAGCUUUCAGCCAGAAAUCACACCAUAUUAGACACCAGAAAAUUCAUACUCAUUAAAAACCUGUGGAUAUCAUGAAAGGUGUUCAUCAGGAACUUACAUCUCAUAACUUGUCAGAAAUAAUCAUUCUGAAAGAAAGCAUCACAAAUGAGAGAAACAAAAGCUAAAAACUUAAAGGAUACCAGAGAAUUCAUCCUGAAGAGAAAGACAUUUGUAUGACAAUAUCCAGUAAAAAAAAAAAAAAAAAAAAA